CAGCGGAUAGCAGAAGAGUUUCCUCGCGCACUAACUUUUAUCGGAGUAAAAUGCCAGAAGGCUCGAUGUGCUCACACGGGAAACAUUAUCUUACACCGGCUCCGAGUUAGGCAACUGCUGAGUUGAGUGUGAAAUCCUCCUAAAAGGCAACAUGGCAAACGUUAAAGUUGCCGUACGAGUCCGUCCUCCCAACGCAAGGGAAAGCGCAGAUGGAGGAAGACUAGCUGUACAGGUGGAGGACAAGUUUGUGAAGAUCCGAAAUGUAAAGCUGGAUGGACGUGCAGAUGGUGCUGUGGAUUCAAGGGAGAAGCUUCUGGAGUUUUGUUUUGACUACUGCUACUGGUCGGUGGACCCUGCAGACCCUCACUAUGCAUCGCAGGAGGAGGUGUUCCAGGACCUGGGUGUGUCAGUGCUGUCGGGGGCCUCUGAGGGCUACAAUGUGUGCCUAUUUGCUUACGGCCAAACGGGAUCGGGGAAGACAUACACCAUGAUGGGAACACCGGACUCCAUUGGUUUGACACCACGGAUCUGCCAGGGUCUCUUUAGGUCUGAGGAUACUUUCCCGGGCGCGCAAAACUCAAGCAGAGUGGAGAUCAGCUUCCUGGAGAUCUAUAACGAGCGUGUGCGAGACCUGCUGAGACGAGGAGAGCAGAAGAAGAGAGCCUCCCUGAGAGUUCGAGAACACCCUGAGAAGGGACCCUAUGUGCAAGACUUGUCCCAGCAUGUGGUCUCAGACUGCAAGCAGGCCAUGGACCUUUUGGAGGAAGGCAUUGCCAACCGGAUCACGGCAGCAACCCACAACCAUGAUGCCAGCAGCAGAUCCCACGCCAUCUUCACCAUCCAGUACACACAGGCAAUCCUAGAAAAUAACCUCCCCUCAGAAACUGUUAGCAAGAUUAACUUGGUGGACUUGGCUGGGAGUGAGCGAGCAGACCCCCACUACUGCAGGGAUAGACUGACAGAGGGCUCGAACAUCAACAAGUCGCUGGUCACUUUGGGCAUCGUCAUAUCUGCUCUUGCCCAGAACUCCCAGAUGUCAAGCAGCUGUCAGAGUAUCAACAGUAUGGCCUCUGAGGGCGAUGGCAGCACGGUGGGAAGCCACAGCAGCUCCCUGUCUGGAGGAGGAGGAAGGAGACACUGCUUCAUCCCAUACAGAGACUCUGUACUAACCUGGCUACUGAAAGACAGCCUGGGCGGCAACUCCAAGACCAUCAUGAUUGCAACGGUCUCACCCUCCGCCAACAGUUACAACGAGACCCUCAGCACCCUGCGCUACGCUGCCCAUGCCAGAAAUAUUGUCAACAAGCCUCGGGUUAAUGAGGAUGCCAAUGUUCGGCUGAUCAGGGAACUGAGGGAAGAGAUUGACAGGCUGAAGAGCAUGCUGCUCAGCUUUGAAAUGCAGCGUAAUCCCAGUCCAUCCCUGAGCGAUGAGAGGGAUGGAAACCUUUCUGACAUUGUGCUGCAGAAUGAACUAAAGGUGGAGCAGCUGACGAAGGACUGGUCGGAGAGCUGGAGAGACAAGAAGGAGCUGUUGGAGCAGUACAGUGUGGACAUCAACAGGGACCGGGCUGGAUUCCUCAUCAGUUCCCUCCAGCCACACCUGGUUACUCUGGAUAGAGACGUUCUCAGCACUGGGGUCGUCUUCUAUCACCUCAGGGAAGGAGUUACCCACAUUGGACCUCAGGAACAGUUUGAAGAACCACAAAUAGUUCUGCAGGGCAAUGCCAGCUGUGAGAUUGAAAACCGUGGAGGUGUGGUAACGCUGAGGCCGCUGCCGGGCUGCGUCUGCCUGCUCAACGACCGAGAGGUCACCGAGCCCUGCAGACUGGCUCAAGGGACGGUGAUCACCUUGGGAGGAGUGCAUAAGUUCCGCUUCAACCACCCAGCAGAGGCAGCAGUCCUCCGGGAACGCAGACGGGCCAGUGAAGGUGCUAUGAGCUGCACCUACAUUGACCUUUGCCCCUUGACCCCUGACCACAGUGUCGAAGAAGUGAAGCUUCAAGGGCAGCUGGGUGCCUGCCUCUCCCCCAGUGAGGAACCUCCUGCUAGGCAGCACUUGGAGGUGCAGCAGCGCUACGUGGAGAAUUUGCGACAGGAGAUUCAGGCUGAACAGAGACGGGCUGAGAGAGAGCUUGAGAGGGAGCAGGCCCACCUCCGACAGCAGCACAGUGAGAUCCAGCAGUGGAUUUUGCAGGAAAAACAGCGCCUAUCGACUGUCGAGCAGAGAUUCACCCAAGAGUCUGGAGUCCAAACAGACCUUAUCCCUGCACCGCUUCUGGAACGCCUGACAAGUCAAGCCUCUAAGGACCAGAAAGGUGGGACAGUGGAUCAUCCAUCCCCAGUUGUAAGGGCAAGGAAGAAGGCUGUGCAGGAGGAGCUGCUUAAGCAUCACGCCCUUUGCCGUGCUGAGAGCCGCAUCCGUCGGAAAAAGCUGCACUACCAGCUGGAGAGAAUUGCCCGCAAGCGGCAUCUGUUGGAGGCUAAGAGGGAAUUGCAGCGGCUGGAAAGGGCCCUUCCUCCGGGACCAGACAGCCCAGAGUCUCCUGAGCUGGGGUCCCCCUCAAAGGUCAGGGGAAGACAAUUUGUUUCUCGUAGACACUCAUUCUCGGCAGAUCUUCUGUCCCGACUCUACCCACAGAACACCCCUAUCUUCAGACACUUCCUCAAGAGAAACCGAUCCACGGAGCUGACGUCAAAUUCUUCCCCAAUUUCAGAUUCCAUUGGUAGCAGGAAGUGGGUGUCGGACGAGUGUCUUCCUCGGGAAAGAACCCAGAGUUGUUCCGGUACACUCAUCUCAGGACGAAGUCAAGCCUGCAGGAGUAGAGUAAGCUCCUCUGAAAAUAUCAGACAAGCUGUCAGAGAGGAGCCUCAAGUUCACUCCUGCCGGGAACGACCAGAAAGAAAACCCCUGCUGCCAAACCGAGACCUGUCUUUUAGGAAAAGAUCAGAUCAGGGCCCAACAGUUAAUCUCAAGUCACCAGUUGGAACUUUUUUGCAGCCAGUCAGCAAAGAAAAUAUACAAGGACCCACAACACACAACCCCAGUUCUCAGAUUGUCCCUUGCAUGAAUGAGAUAAGUCAACCCCAUGCAGGUAACAACAGACUAGAAACCAUCAGGAAAACUUUCUCUCGUUCUGUGGGGCCCAGGUUAAAAACAGCCCUGUCCAAAGUAUUCAGAAAACCACCAUCAGCUGCAAAUGGAGGACGAGGCCCCAAACCUCUGGGGAGGAUAGCAAGCAAAUUUCGCUGGAGACAAAGAGACAGGAGCCUUAAAGAUACCAAGAUGAGCCGAGGCAAAUGUGUUGUGAAAACAGCCGUCUCAUGUGAGGAGCUUGACCAAAGGACUCAGUUUGAGGACAUUAGACAGAGGCGGUGGCAUAGUACCGAGGCUCUGAUGAACAAGACUAGCAGAUGGGUCGAGAGACAGCAGGGAUUGGUGGGAUGGGAGGAGGAGCAAGAAGGCGGUAAUGAAGGAAUGUCAGACUGUGAGAGUCUUUUCUCUCUCGAUUCCCUGUCUUCUGCUUAUGCGACAGCCCUAGCAGAGCAGCUGAGACACGAGGAAGCAGCUCAGAGCGAAGCAGAGAGCGAAGACAGUCAGAUGUCGAAAGAUUCAUUGGCUGUGGAUAGCAGUGGGAAAUACUCAGCAGUGGAGAGGCUUAGCCAAACACUGGUGCCAACUUACUCACUGAUGACAGAUUGCUCCCAUUCGUCCACACAGCACAAUAGAACAGCAGAAAUCAGUUUAGACUGGGACAGCUGUCAGAAAGCUCAGGUAAUCUCAGCAGAGGCGUAUUGGAGCCAGCAAAGCUCCCCAAAAUCAAGACACAGUGGUGCAACAAGGAGGCCUCCUUCCCAAAACCCAUUAGUAGCAGAUUCCAGAGGCAGAGACGCUGUACACAAAUUGAUUGAGGAGUUUGGGAACAUGCAGACCACAUCGUCCAGCAGCCCACGCUCUCUGAGCAGCUGCAGUGUGAGGGACUCAGAAAACUUCCUGGCGCUCACAGAUGCCUGGUCCUCCACUGAUGCAGCAGACAGUCCCAGGAUUCACAGAGAUUCUUUGCCUUUCCAAAGAAAAAUGAUGUUCAGAGGUAUAGAGAGCAGCAGCAACAGCAGCAGUCCCAGUCCAACCAGUAUGAACCUUUCAGACCCUCAGACUGGAUCUGGAAGAUGUGGCUCAACAUCCACCAGCACCGAAGGUGUAAAUGUAACAGUGCAGGAACACAGUCUUGAAUUUUCAAGGGGCACAUCAGAAACAUUAGAUUUUCAAGACUCUCAGAUUGUAAAAACAGCCGGUGAAUCCCUGAAGGAUGUACGAUGUUGUGGUGAGCAAUCAGAGGGACACAUUGAAAAUGUGGGGAAGGCAGGUAUAGACACUCCAGGCUACAGCAACAACAAAAGUCCACCAUCCUUACUGACCUUAGAUCAAACCUCUUGUGUGUCACCCUCUGAAAUCCACCGCACCAAACAACAAGCAUCACAAGGACAAUUGCUUCAGGUGUUCACAGAUGUACAUGACAUGGUGGCUGCUGACAUUACAAAGUCAUGUGACACUGAAAUGUGUACGUCGCAUCAUCAAUCACUGAUGCAGUUCUCUAUAAGUCCUACAAACCAAGGCCAAGUAUUGAACAAGAUGUGUGUCACUGCAAGUGCCCUCAGACCUCCCACUGAAAAUGAAAUACUAUGCAAUCUUGAUGGUGCAACAGAGAAGUUGAAAAAUACACAGCAGUAUGAGUUUGGAAAUACCAAAUAUGUAUCUUUUACAAGGGACAGAACGUCAGAUAAGAUUGAAACCAAAGGCACUGAACAGUAUAUUGCACUACAACAGGAGCUUGUUAAGUCUGCUUGUAAAAAUUCCAGGAAGAGGAACAAAGAACGCCAGGAUGCUUUCAUUGGCAGCCUGAAAAUCCCAAAAAGGAGCAACAGCAAAGAAUUGGUAACUUUCCCCUCUGCACCAGUUGGCAGCCAGGAAGACACUUGGCCUGAUGACAAUAAUAACACGAGUGACUCAAAAGGGGAACAAUCUUCUGUGGAAGCUGACAGCCCCGGAUUUGAUUCUGUUUGUGUUGAUGGCAGCAUUAGACACGACACAGUGGCUUCAGUGGUAUCGCCAGUUUCUGAUCCCAUAUGCAAGAAACUUGGAGGUAGCUGUCACACCUUUGAGGACUAUGAAAAUCAUGACUGUAGUUCUCAGAGUGGUACCUCGGCGGGAAAGAGAAAAGUAGUUGAAAAGGGAGAUGUAACAAUAAAGGUAGUAGCCGCAGAAACAAAAGGGGGGGAAUCCCAAAAUGACAUCCCCGUAAAACAUCAAGAAAGUAGAAAACAUUUAUGCAGGUCAGAUGCCAUAUGUAGCGCCAUUGAUCUGAGAAUCUCAGAAGUGGUGAAAGAGCACAUGAGAUUGUCAGUGAUUAGCAGAGAUGAUGACAAAAAGAGCAGGAGUCAAAGCAUGAGCACCUUGUCAUCGUCCGCAUGUCAUUUUGGCUGUAAUAGGUGGAUAGAAAGAGAGCUGAGAGAGGAAAUGAGUGCUCAGGUGAAAGAUGGACCAGUCCUUGGGGAACACCUGUCACCGGAAAGGAUGACAAGUGAUAAUAGAGUGGACAAAAAAGAGCACCUGACGUCAGAUCUGCCAGCAGAAUUGAGGACUAGCAAAGAGAGCAACAUGCUUAAAUCUACUGAGGCGACGCAGAUUGACCAUGCUCAUAACAUUUCUGAUAUAAAAUUGAAAUCUGCCAGAAACGGCGACUUUCAAUCAGAUCUUCCACUUGAGAGUCAUGGAAAGUGUGGGCACUCUGGCAGCCCAAUUCUGCUACCAGUCAGUUCGUUUUCUCCUAGUGAUUCCUCUUCAGGAAGAAAAUGCAUUGAUUCUCUAAACACAGUGGAGAAAGAUGCUGUAUUUCAGAAAAUGAAUAACUUAGGUAAACAAAAAGUCACAUCUCAUCUUAAUCUGAUCAUCAAUGAUACAUGUUUCAAUGAAUUGGACACUCAGAGCUGUUUGGAUGUCCCUGCUGUGAAUCCUGAUUUAUCUCAACUUCACCAAAUACCCCAUGAAUCACCUUUCACCCUGGGUGAUACAAAAAAAAACUGUGGCUGUAAUCAUGUAAAGGAUGUCGACAUGGAUGCCACAUCCAGUGUUGCUGAAGACUGUUUGUACAAACAAAACUCGCCAGGGACAACACAACGUUUCCAAAAUAGUCUUUACACAUCUGGAGUCAUUGAAUUAUUAUCUGAUGGAGGAGGUCUUCAAUUCAGAUCACAUGGACAGAACACACCCACUGAUGAGAACGCCUCUGUGAAAGGGUUUGUUGUUACUCCUGGCUGCGAUGGAAAUGGUGAAACAGAGAAUUCAACAGGAGGUAAACCUUGUGUCACAGCCCAGGAUCAGUUCACUUCUCCACAGACUCAGACUUGUGUUGUCAAUUUGAAUUACAACAACAGAUGCCAGUAUUGUGACAUGAAAAAUGACAAAGAGACAUUGCCCCACCAAUCUGAAGCACAAGUUCCAGAGAUUUCUGCAGCGUCCAAAUAUGAAGCAAGUGUUUCUUGUUCUGUGCAGCCACAACACAAAAUACCACCUGGAAAUGCCAUCAGAAAUGCAAGUUGCUGUGGAUCAAUGAUGUCCAAACAGGUUGCGCUAAACACAUCUGGUGAUAAACAGGAUAAUUCUUCUCCUAUAUCUAAGAAGGCCAAGUCUAAGAGGUUCAGAAGGUCUAAGAUCCACACUCAUCCCACCUCUUCCUCUGAGUCUUCUCUUAAGUCAUCAGAUGAGGACGAGGACGAUGACAAAACCACCAGAGUGCAUCAUAGCCGGCUCUCAUCGAAAUGGGUAAAGCUUGGCGCUCAGAGUAAUGGCAAACAAGAGGCCAGACAGGCUAGAAGUAAUGCUGCAGAUACCUCUACUACAAUGUCAGCGAGCAGAUCUAAAAUGAAGACUUGCUCUGCUGGAACUCAAGGUAAAAGCGAGCUUAAAGUUAGAGAUCACACCCAGAAAAGACACUCUUUACCCCCUCAAUCAACGUCACAAAAGACAAAUGUUGAAAAAUACAUCUCGUAUGCAAAGAAAGGUGAACAACAACAUGCGCUGAUGUCUCAGUCCAUGAUGCAUUUUGCCUCCAGUGACAUCAACCCUUUUGUUCACCAGUGGCAAGACGAUGACCCAAACCAACACUGUUAUAAGAACCCAGCAUUCGGAAGUGCUGCUGACCUCUCCUGUAAAUCUCCUCUUUUGAACAGCACUGAGAAACGCAUAACAAGAUGCUGUAGUGUUGACAAUGGUUUGAACGGGCAGGAUUCGCCUUUCAAUUCCCAUCUGAGCACUUAUGCCACCAACAAGGGCCUCUCCAGUACACUUAGCAGUGUAGAGGAUUAUAAAGAACAAGUAAAGAAAACAUUUGAGCUUACGCCCUGCCAACCAGCAUCUGUUGAUAUUCACAAUCAUCUAGCCAAUCUGACCGUGACCAGCAGUUCUUCAAGUAACGAUGUUCCUGGUGGCUUUGGUAACAGCUCCAGUCAGGUGGACGAAAUUAUGUUUGUGUACUCGUCUGAACAAGAGUCCCAGGAAAGCAAAACCCAAAGGAGGAGGACGUGUGACGAGGGCACGCAAACUGAGCGUGGUCUUCAGAUGGUAAAUAUUCGUAAUGGAAGUAGUGCUCCAAAGAGGAAAGAGCGGCACAGAAGGAGCGUCACUGAUGUUCCUACAGCGCAGAAAACCAAAGUGGACGUAAAAGAAUCUGCUACGUGGGCCAGUAUGGAAAGCAUGUCGGCUCACCUGUCAAAGCUGAUCGACAGCACCUCAGACCUGCUGGGGGACGUCCAGGAAAUGAGAACAGGCGAAGCCCUCAAGUCCAGUGCGAGGAGGAGUGCCAACGUGUCAAAUAUCAGCACCUCUUAUUGUGACUCUAAUGACUGCACCAAGAGAGACUGCUCAACUCAAACAGCAGUAGAUGUUGGGAUCCAGACAGAAAGGCCUUCAGUACUAGCAGAGAAUCAAGUCGCUGUUAAUCAGACACCCGGUGAAAGGUCCAAGUCUCAUGAAGUCAGUGUGAUCGUCAAAGUGAUCGGUUCUGAGGUGGUCAGCGUGUCUCAAGACAAUAAUGUUCACUGUGUUGUGAAGAGGACAGCAGAUGAAAAGAUGCAGAGCAUGCCCGACCUGAGGUUUAACACCUCCGCUGCAGCGUCCCGAGCAGAGAGUGGCCCUCUUAAAACAAGCCCUCUAAAGACCGCCGGUGAAUGUCAAAGACGUGUAAGAUCUGCAUCCUCUAGAGGCUCAAAGCGAAGUCCACCGGAAGCACUGUCCCACAAAGGUGCUGCAGUAUCUGAAAUCACCUGCAGAUCAUCAAAAAACGGCUACCAAGAAAGUCUCAGCCCCUCUUUAAGAAAUGACCUGUCACUUUUAAAGAAGCAAGCUACAUAUACAGACCGGGCAUCAUCUCCAAUUCUGACUGUGGGAGCAAGAUUACGCAUGAAUCAGAGAAGAAGCCAGUCAACAUCGUGUUUUCGAAAACAUCAGGAUAGAAAUAAAGACAACAAUUCAAAGAAAGACAGCCUCACUGUGCCUUCUAGCAAACAAUCAGAAUGCACAGCUGUUUCAGAGGACGAUCGAAUGUCCAGAGAGGACUGCGAUGUUUCUUGUAAAUCAGAGUCUGUAUCACUUGAGAAGGUGAGUGAAAUGAGUUGCUCAACCCCUAAAGGCUCUGAUAAGUGUUCUAUAAGCCUUAGUUCAUCAUUGGAUAGAUACACAGACACUGACAUUAGAAAUUUUGCAGAUGAAGACAAGGGGCCCAAAUGGCAGAAGACCUCUGAGCAGUGGAGGACUUCAACAAAACUUUUCACUAUGCAGGACCACAUCUCUCCCAUAUUAAGACCAGCUGAUGUGCACAAACAGCAGGCCAAAGCCAGACCUGAUAAAACAGCAAGCUACGCCAGACCUGCAGUUGAUUCAAUAGAUUUUUGCGCUGGUUCCUACAAUCCAUCCCCGGUCAGUGACAGGACUGUUCAGCUUCAAGAGGACGACAUGGUGUCACUGGCACCGAGCGAGUGUAACACAGAUGUCCUCGUGAACAUUAAACCUGUCACCAACGUGUCCCCAUGUCAAGACCACCGGGUAGUCCCAGAGGAUCUGCCCAUGCACAACAAGUUCACCAACUGGACUGGCAUCAGCCAUCAGCAAUCAAAACCCUCUAACAAACUGGCCACAUUUCCUACCAAAGACCACAACAAGAGCAGACUCUGCGCUGAGUGGGGCGAGUUAGAGAGCUACGGCUCGAAUGUAGAGUCCAUGGCACAGAGCGACAGAAGGGCGAGAGAGAUAGAGAGGCUGCGACAGGAGAGGGAGCAGGUGAUGGCGACGGUCAACCUCAACAUGAACCCAACACCGCUGACCGUAGAGCUGACAGAAGCCAAGCUGCAUUACGGCCUCGGAGAGACGGAUACGCUGUUAAAGAUGCUGACCCCGAGGUCCAAAGAAGAGCUGGAGCCACCAACCUCUGCGCCAACCAAACAGCAGCUGUAUGAUAGACACCGCAGGAGUAUCGAGGGUCUGAGGCAGGAGAGGGAGGAACGUCUCCAGACUUACAGGAGAGCUCGUAGUCUGAGUCCCAGCAAACAUCCUCGCUCCUCUCCUCAGGAGGCCAUUUCGACCUCCAAGGUGUCUGCCGCCAUGCCCAGUCGGCGUAAAGAAUACCUACAGCAGCUUCGCCAAGAGGUGAUAGACAGCACCAGAAUACCAGACCCUCCACGAGGAGAGGACCAGUAUCCAUCUGACAUUGAGCAGCUGUUGCGGGACUAUGGUCGAGCCCGGGAGGAGGCCAUGACAGAGAUUGCGAAGGCGCGAGAGCGAUUGCGAGAGAGGACGGAGCAGGAGAAGAGGAGGCUUCAGCAGCAGGCCCUGUCUCAGGACAUCAGGGAUGACCUGAAGCACCGGACGAGGAUCAGCAACAGCACCUUGUGCACAGGAUCGAGCCUGAGUCUUUCCUCUGGACCGACAUCAGGCUACAACAGCGGCAACACCGCCCAGCAUCAGCAUGGCAACAGACCCCUUCUGGCUGGACAGAUCGCUGGGUUCCAGGAUGAAGGGCUGAAGGUCAGGGCACGUCCUCCUAUAUGUGGUCCUCAAAGUGUGAAGACACAGAGAGCCUGGCUUUCUGCCCACGAUGUCCACCUUGACCUUCCUGUCACCGGCUUUGAGCCCCUGAUGGCCUCAUCUCCAUCACCCCCAUCUUGUACACGUCAACGCACCGCCUCCUUUGGAUCCUCCUCUUCCAUAUCAACAACCUAUCAGGAUAUCACAUCUAGUCUCCUCGGUCGAGCUCUGGCUGAGGUGCGACUAGCUUCUUCUGGGGAUUUGGGAAACUUGCUAAUGGGCAAGGCCACAGCAGGCUGGAGGUACCAGGGAGAAGAACGAGGUAUCCAGGCUUACUACAAGCCCUCCUCCAGCCCAUCUGUCCAUGGUUUCCUCGGGGCCGGGGAGCUCGACAGACCACUGGACAGUCUGUGGAACAUAAUAUGCCAGCUGUCCAAGAGCCACAUGUAUAAUCAGUCAGUCCGUUCUGUCUGGACACGACCACUAGAUGACAGCACUCAGCUGGUUUACAUCCUGACAGAUCCGUCCACCUGCCACCUCAGCCAGCCGCGAGACUUCUGCUGCAUCAGCACGGAGUCCAAACAGGCUGGCCUGCGCGUGCUGGCGGUGCAGUCUGUGUUCGAGGAGUCUCUGCCCCGUCCCAGUGUGGACGCCGUCCGAGGGGAGAUGAUGCCCAGUUGCUGGGUCCUGCAGCCAAUUAGACGUAGUGGACAGGAAGUCACCAGGGUCAUCUACCUGCUACAAGUGGAUGUUGGAACGCCAUCUUUUCCCCACCGCCUGUUGAACGCUGUUGCCAGACGACAGGCAGCUGUCAUCGCCGAUCUUGACGUCUUCCUCGCGCCGUGAAUCCACAGGAUGACGACGCAUUAGCAGUGAGCACUUAGACUGACCUGUAUCCAGCACGGAGUUAGUCUGUCCUUUGAAUUUGCACCUGAAAUGUAUGUACUUGACUGCUUUUUCAUUGUAAGAGCACUGUUAUAUUGUUACAAAGCUGAAGCAGCUUUUUUGUAUGAAGGUAUUUUUCUAAGAUAUUGAAACUGUAUUUUUAUAUUUUUAUGCUUGUAACAAUCAUACUCCUAUUUUACCAAAGAUUGAUUAGAAGUCGAAGUGAGCGACUGGGCACAUUUAGUGUAUUUCACUUAGGUUAAAACAGCUUCAUAAUUAACUAUCAGAGGCGGCAAAGUUUCCCACCUUAUCCAUUUAUUCAUUUGAUGAAAGAGGGUAAUUAUUCCAUUCUAACCUGAUAAGUAUCAGCCAUUUAGCUGCCUGUUGGAAAUAUGGUGUCUAUUCAUUUCUAUCAUAUUGUAAUGAGGACAGCCAAAUAUGUUAGUUAACAAGGUCAAUAUCAUAGCUAGAGAACCUUUGAAUUAAACUUUAAAGUCGGUCAAUAGAUAAUCCAAGGUUACUCUGAUUUGAUGUAUAUUUAGUAUGCAUGUGUGUUUUCGCCAGUGUUUACUUUCUAUCUAUCAGAGAUAGAUAGAUGCAGCCAGUUUUGGAGCUACAAGGACAUGUAAACACCCCUGAGACUCAGACGACAUACAGAACGCAGCAUCGCUUUGUUCCGGAUCUGCAUCAAGCAGUUUUUGCAAAUACUUAAAUGCCUUGUUUUUUUUUAGCCUGCUUAGGUAGAUGAUGGGGCGGAUAUAUCUGAUAUGACAGUUAAAUGAAAGCUGGAAGAUUGAGACACAACUUAACAUACAAAGUUACUUGAAGGUGAGUUUAUUUAUGAGAAACAUCUAAACAUAUAUGAAGGAAAUAUUUGUAAAUGCCGUUCAGCCCUGAUUUGUUAGAGUACAUGUACGUACGUUAUUCCUCAGGCACUUCGUGUUUUAACCACUCAAAGAUCUUUUCUGCAGUAAAUGAGUUUGUAAGAGACUGUGUAAGAGUUUUUAGGGGGGAUGGGGUCAGAAAAGGGGAAGCCCUAGUCAUUUUCAUACGUUUUUCAUUCGUUUGGGCAUAGUACGGUCGUGUAUUGAAGGAAAGCUAUGAGAUAUUUUAGUUACACUUUGUUUGUCUGUGUAGGCACAUUUUCAAACGGCUCAGCUGCACUUUGUCCAGAAAAAGUUUUGUAGCGAAACAGGGAGGGGGUGAAAGUCGAGGACUUCUUGGAUACAAGAAGUCAAAGGGCGGGUAGUGAAGUGUCCCACCGGCUGCAGGGAUGAGGCUCUGCAGCACACCCUGACCUCUCACCUCCCUUUAUACCAUUAUUAAAGCGGCGGUAAGAUAUUGACACAGUAUGGUACCCCAAAUCUGCAUAAGCUCAGUUUUAAGGCCUUUUGCUGUCACCUGUUUCUGAAGUCUGUCCUAUUUAUUUUGUUCCUCUUGCCUUCUGUUUGAAAUGCUCUUGAAUGUGUUUUAUAGUUGUUGUUUUUUUUUAAUGAACAAAGCGUGGGGCUGUGUUUUGCAGCUUCUUGCACUGUUGAUGCAUUCAUUGAUGUUACGUAGUAAAAAAAAUGAUGUUUUUUUUUUGUUUGUUUGUACAGUGUUGAAACUAUGCAGAAGCUGAUGAAAAGCAGAAUGUUCUCAGUCAAAGCUGGAUCAGCUCAAUCCAGAUAUGAAGCCAUAUUAUUUACAGUAGCUGAGGGUCAGGACUGUGUUUAACGAUGUUCCCGGGGGAACCAAAGAGAAGAGACGACAAUACUGAAGACACAGAGUGAAGGAACAUAGUGACAACUUUUUGUACUGACUUCUUGUUGUCUAUAUAUAUUUUCAGUGCUCAUUUCAUUGUGUAAAAAGCUUUGUUAUUUAUGUUUUGACGAUAAGUCUUAAAUGUAUUUUAUUAUAAACACCCUGCUUCCUGUUGCUAAUACGAUGUCAUUUGGACCGUGUGUUUGGCCUUUUUUUAAAAUAUAAAUACACAAAU